GGCUGAUGCAGAUUAGGAGAUUCAGUCGGUUCUGUGCUUUUCCACUGUCAACGAUGCAAGUUGUGCACGUAGUCUGCUUGUUGGCGGCCUUAGGGCUUUCAGCCGCGAUUUUGCCAAAAUCCAUCGACUAUUCUGGCCAUAAAGUUGUCAGUGUUUUGCCCAAAUCGGAGGAAGGCCUUCGAACGCUACAGAAUUUCGAGCGACAAGGCUUGAUCAAAUAUUGGAUUCACCCCGCAGGAUUGAACCGCCCCGCAUCCUUUCAGAUAUCUGCCAGCGAUUUGGAACUGGUGUCCAAUGUCCUAGCUGAACAAGCGUUGAGUCCGAUCGUCCUUAUUGAUAAUAUUCAAGAUCUAAUCGAAAAGCAGAACAAGGAAAUUCUUGAACGACAACUUCAGAAUGCCAACAGCAAAGCGUUUGAUUUCGAAAACUUCCACACAUACCCUGAAUUACUUGCCUUUAUGCAAGAAACGGCAGCCAAUAACUCUUUGGUGAGUUACUCCGUCAUUGGACAAUCUUAUGAAGGACGCGAUAUUGGCCAGGUUACAGUCCGAACAGGAAGCGCUGGAGUUAAACAGAUUAUCUUCUUGGAAUGCGGAAUUCAUGCCAGGGAAUGGAUCACGGAAUCCACAUGCAUCUGGAUUUUUGAUCAAUUGGCCAAUGGGUAUGGCAUCGAUGCCGAAAUUACCGCAUUGGUAGACAAAUUCGACUGGAUAAUUGUUCCAACUUCCAACCCAGAUGGAUACGAGUACACGUGGGCAUCGGAUCGUCUUUGGAGGAAGAACCGCGCGUUGACAGAUAACGCACUUUGCCCUGGAGUCGAUUUGAACAGGAAUUACGAUGCCAAUUUUGGUGGAGACGGGUCAUCUCCAUUACCUUGCUCGGAAACAUACCAUGGGGUGAGCGCCUUUUCCGAAUCGGAAGCGGUAGCCAUACGCGAUAGUUUGGCAGCAAAUAGGAGAUUUGUCAAGGCUUUUGUCUCGGUCCACUCGUAUGGCGGAAUAUGGAUGUCUCCAUACGGUUACAUCAAAGAGUUGCCCCUAGAGUACGACGAAAUGUAUCGCGUUAUGGCUAUCGGGUGCGAGGCAAUCACAGCAACUUACGGAACUCCCUUUGAAUACGCCAAUGAGGCAGCUAUCUUGUAUUUGACAUCGGGCACAACCAGAGAUUACGCUUAUGUCGGUAGCGAUAACAUAAUUUACGCUUACACAAUCGAGACGCGUGGAAAGGCUUACGGCUUCGUGCCACCGCCAAGUGAAAUUUUGGAAACAGCCAUCGAAACAUGGAACGGUAUUAAGGCUAUGGCCUUCAACUUGUUGUAAGCUGUCACUAAUUGCUACGGUUCUUUGUAAUCUACGCUUAUGAGCCACUACGCCUAAAAAAUAUACAUUAAUAAACGUCAUAGAAAGUC